AUGUUUCCCUUGCGUGGAGUAUGGUGGGUAAAGACUGGGCGGGAGCAAGACAAAACAAGUUUUGCCUUCCUUGAAGUCAAUGAUGCCAACUGCCCUCCUAAUGUGCAGGCAAGAAUUCCUCCUUGUUUGCGGUCUCUAAUGAGAUUGGUGACAGGAGCUAACAAUAACAGUGCUAAUGCUACUACUGAUGGAGUAGCUGCUAGGCUUAAUUCUAUUAAAUCAAGUGGAAAUACCAAAACUGAACCCACUCCUGGGAGGACCCUCAGUAGUGUUGCGUAUUUGCAAGUGAGCGAUGGUUCUUGCGCUACCACUCUGCAGGUUGUAGUGGACUCUUCAAUGGCCAAUCUAAAAGAGCUAACACCAUCAGGAUCCUCUAUUGUAGUAGAGGGGGUGAUGAAAGAGAUACCAGAUGCAACAAAGAAGAAGGUUGAACUGAAAGUUCAAAAGAUUUUGCAUGUUGGAACUGCUGAUCCUGCCAAGUACCCAAUCACAAAGACAAGAUUGCCAUUGGAAUUUCUGAGAAACUAUGUGCACCUGCGACCCCGUACUAACACGAUUUCAUCAGUGGCUCGAAUUCGUAAUGCUCUGGCAUAUGCAACCCAUACAUUUUUCCAAAUUCAUGUGACUUCCAAUUCCUUUGAACGAAUUACCUACACAGAGGCAGUUGAUAUUCUGAAAAAGAAUGUCAAGUUUGAGAGCAUGAUAGAGUGGGGUAUGGAUUUCAACGCCGACCAGGAGAGAUUCUUGGUGGAAGAAGUUUUCAAGAAACCAAUGAUUGUUUAUCAUCAUCCCAAACAAAUCAAGUCCUUUUCCAUGCGUCUCAAUGAUGAUGGAGUGACAGUCGCUUCCAUGGAUGUGCUUGUUCCAAAGGUAGGAGUAUUGAUGUCUGGAAGCCAAUGGGAGGAGCGAUAUGAAGUUCUUGAGAAACGAUUGAAUGAACUUGGGUUGCCAUUGGGCCAUCGUGCAUUUUCUGACUGUCAUGCAAUUUUGCAACAGAACCAAAUUUUCACCUUUCACAAACAUUGA